AUGGCGUUCCUCAUCCUGGUGGGAUUCCUGGCUGCCUUGGUGCCUCUGCAGGCCGGGGAGUGUUCGCUCCAUGGGAAGCCCAAGCAGGACGGCCGCCCAUCUGCUGCAGCCGUUGCCGGCAAGCUGGGAACCUCGGCCCUUCUGAGGAGCGUGGAGGAAGCCAAGCAGCUGGUCGAUGCUGCCUACCAACGCACCCAGGACAGCUUAGCAGAGAAACUGAAGUCACACAAGGCCACCGCAGCCCACGUCCUGCUUUCGUUCAAGCAGCCGCUGGGAGCCACCCGGCAGGCGGUCAGGGCUGCGGAGUACCUGCACGUCACCUUCGCCCUCUUGAAGGAGAAGUUGCAGCAUGUCUUCCCACACAGUGUCAACAUCACGGAACUGCUGAGCCCGACCCAGAUGCAAACCAUCUACAAGGCCACCGGCUGCGCCAAGCAGGAGCUGAGGACGAUGGACUGUGACGACAGCAGCCCGUACCGGACCAUCACGGGCGAAUGCAACAACAGGAGGAUCCCCACCCUGGGGGCGAGCAACCGCCCGUACGCCCGCUGGCUCCCGCAAGAGUAUGAAGAUGGUGUUUCUCUCCCCCGCGGCUGGACAGAGACAAAACUGUAUAACGGACAUCCUCUGCCCUUGGUCCGGAACGUCUCUAACAACAUUGUCCGCAUCCCUGGCCAAAGCAUCACCGAUGACCGGUUCCGGUCGAUCUUGUUCAUGCAGUGGGGCCAGUUUCUAGACCACGAUUUGGACUUCGGCCCUUCCACGACGGCCACCCUCACCUUCCAGCAAGGGGCGGACUGCUUCCGGAGCUGCGUCAAAGAGCCGCCGUGCUUCCCCAUCAAGAUCCCCCCGAACGACCCCACAAAGACGCCCGGCGACUGCAUCCCCUUCACCCGCGCGGCUCCCGCGUGCAACGGGGGCUACGCCAUCCGGAACCAGAUCAACGCGCUCACGGCCUUCGUGGACGGCAGCCAGGUGUACGCCAGCGAGGUCAAGUGGGCCCAGCAGCUGCGGAAUCUCAGCAGCGAUCUGGGGCUGCUGGCCAUCAACCAGAGGUUCACCGACCGAGGGCUCGCCUACCUCCCCUUCGGCAGCCCGGAAGGCUUCCCGAAUAACUGCAACCUAACCAAUCCGGCGCUGAACAUUCCCUGCUUCCUUGCGGGGGACAACCGGGCCAAUGAAAUGCCGGGGCUGAUGGCCCUGCAGACGCUCUUCCUGCGGGAGCACAACCGCCUGGCCACGGAGCUGAAGAGGCUGAAUCCACAGAUGAACGGCGACACCCUCUACGAGGAGGCGCGGAAGAUUGUGGGCGCCAUGAUGCAGAAAUUUACCUACACAGAGUACCUGCCCUUACUUCUGGGCAAUUCAUUCUCUCGUUUUGGGGCUAGAGCCCCAAAUCGCUACCGCGGCUACAACGAGUCCGUGGACCCCCGGAUCUCCAGCGCCUUCACCAACGCCUUCCGGUUCGGGCAUGCCACGGUUCGGCCUGCCGUCUUUCGCCUGGACACUCGCUACCAGGUGCAAAGCGAGACGCCGCUAGAGAAGGAAUUCUUCGCCACGUGGAGGCUCAUCCAGGAAGGAGGCAUCGACCCGAUCCUGCGGGGCAUGAUGGCCAAGCCGGCCAAGCUGCAGAGGCAGGACCAGAUGGUGGUGGAGGCCAUCCGGGACCGGCUCUUCGAGCAGGUCGCGCGGAUCGGGCUGGAUUUGCCUGCCCUGAACAUGCAGCGUGGCCGGGACCAUGGCCUCUCAGGUUAUAACGCCUGGAGACAAUUUGCUGGCCUCUCUCAGCCUCGCACCACUGAGCAACUUGCCCAAGUCCUGAACAACGCUGACCUGGCCAAGAAGUUUAUCGAAUUGUAUGGGACACCAAAGAACAUCGACCUCUGGAUUGCGGGGGUGGCUGAGCCCUUCGUUCCCAAUGGGCGGGUUGGCCCCCUCCUGGCCUCCAUCAUUGGCAUUCAAUUCCAGAAGCUCCGGGAUGGAGACAGGUUCUGGUGGGAGAACCCCGAGGUCUUCACUGCAGCGCAGCGCCAGGCGCUCACCCAGGCCACCUUGUCCCGCGUCAUCUGCGACAACACCUACAUCCGAGAAGUGCCGCGCUUCAUCUUCCGGGCCAACCAGUACCCACGCAACUUCGUCAGCUGCAACGCCAUCCCAAGGCUCAGCCUCUUCCCCUGGAAGAAGCCAUGAGGCCGAUGCUCCCGCUGGUGGCGCCCCUGCCGGCCGAAGACCUGCCUUCCUCUGACUGCAGCUCCGUGCUCCGUGCAUGCCAUGCCUGGCCCUCUUUCAUUCCGCCGCUGGCAGGAGGCAAGCAGCUCCCCGCACUCCCGCCUUGCCGCAAGCUGCCAGGUCCGAACGGCCCAUGCACCCGCCCACUGCCAAAAUCCCGCCUCUUCGCUUCAGGACGUUCCAUAAAACGCGCCCGGAGGCCCCUACCCCCC